CCAUCCAAUCCAUGUGCUUGUUGUUGCUGUCGGUCGGUUAUAGGUAUUAUUUGUGUUGUCGUAUUGUUCAGUUAAAGUAAAAAUACAUCCUACCUUUGGUAACUACUAAACUGUUAAAUUGGAAAACCGAGACGCUUUUACAAUGUCUGACGGUUCGGAUGGUCAAUUUAGCGAUUACGAAGAAGAUUUAUCAGCUAAGGUUAAGUCAGUGCGAUUUGGUGACUUGCCAUCUUAUAGAGAAGAAAAGUUAGCCAACAAAAAUGAAGAAAAUAGUGAUGUUGAGUAUGAAGAUGAGUAUGACAUUGAUUCAGAUGAAUACUUUUUCGACUAUGAUGAUGAUGGCUUUAGUAUACAAAAAAGAGACAGUGCCAAUCCUCAACCCCCUUCCAGUAAAAUCAACACAUACCAACCUUCAGAAAAAUUAUUCAAGAAAUAUGUCAACAAGAUUAAUAUUGAUAAAUAUGAACCAAAAGCACAAAUUGUUCUUGAUCAUAGUGAAAGGAAGGCUGAAAAUGACAGAAUUAAAAUUCGGGAUAAAGAAGACAGAGCAACUGUGGAACAGGUUUUGGAUCCUCGUACAAGGAUGAUCCUUUUCAAACUUCUUAGUCAAGGGUAUAUAGAAGAAAUUAAUGGCAGCAUAUCAAUGGGUAAAGAAGCAAAUGUUUUUCGAGCAACUACUAAAGAUGGUAGUCUUUGUGCCUUAAAGAUUUUCAUGACUUCCAUUCUUCCGUUCAAAGACCGAGACAUAUAUGUUGAUGGAGAGUUUCGUUAUAGACAUGGGUACUGUAAAAAUAAUAAUUAUAAAAUGGUCUGUAAUUGGGCCCAUAAAGAAAUGAGGAACCUACAAAGAAUGCACAAAGCCGAAUUGAGUGUCCCAGAACCCAUUGUAUUAAGACGACAUGUGAUAUUGAUGAGUUUUAUAGGGACCGAAGGACAAUGUGCUCCUAAGUUAAGAGAUAUAGAUAUUCCUCAAUCAGUUGCAAGAGUUUUGUACAGAGACUGUGUUAUAAUGAUGUGGAAGAUGUUCAACAUUUGUAAAUUGGUGCAUGCUGAUUUGUCAGAAUUCAAUCUGCUAUAUCACCUUGGUAAUCUUGUUGUUAUUGAUGUGUCGCAGUCGGUUGAACAUGACCAUCCUCAUGCAUAUGACUUUUUAAAAAGAGAUUGUACAAAUAUAUCUAAAUUCUUCAGAAAAAAAGGGGUGGCUACAUUAACUGUAAGGGAAUUGUUUGACUUCAUUACGGAUAUUACAAUAACUGAAGAUAAUAUGGAAGAUUAUCUUGAGAAAUUAUCAGAAAAAGCAUCAUUAAGGAACAUAAAUGACAUGUCUGCUCAGGAAAUGAUUGAGGAAGAAGUGUUUAAGAAUAUGUAUAUUCCAAAGAGGCUUAAUGAGGUUAUAAAUUACGAACGUGACAUCAAAAAGGCUAAGGAUGGUGAGGCCGAUGACCUCAUGUACAAGAAGAUAGUCGGUUUCAAUGAAAAACUUGGAACGGUAGACACGCCAGAAAUAUUACAAGACAAUAGCGUGUCUGACAGCGAGUCUGAUAGUGAAGAGGAGGAGGAAAAUAAAGAAACAAGCAAAUUUAAAAACAACGCCAGACCUCGCGACGAAUCACCAAACAGUAAGAAGGCUAGAAAGAAAGCCGUCAAAGAAGAAAAAGCAGAGAAAAGGAAAACUAAAACUAAGAAACAUAUUAAAAAGAAGAGGGACAAAGGAUUUAAUAGGAAAUGAUUUUUUUAAUAAUUGGCAAAGAAUUUUAUGAAAUUAAUUUUUUUCUGAAAGUAGAACUAUAUUUCAACGCGCCCUAGUUUUUUUGUGUUUUGUGAAGAUUUUCAUUCUUUAAAUCAAUCUUGUGAUGCUGAGCAUGACGUUAUAUUCUUGGAAGGUCAUUACAAUAUAUAUUUUAUUACAUUAUGUAUUUUAUUAGGUUUUUGCUCAAUUUUACUUCUUAUUAGUAGUUGUACAGUUACCUAGAGUUGCUCGGAAUAUGAUGUCACGCGGACGACGAUACUUAUUAUAUAUUUAUUAUAAAAAAUCUUCCCAAAACACUGAAGAAGUUUCUAACAAGAUCAUUUAUAUUUUUAUUUUAGGAAAAAUAUAAAAAGCCAUAGAUUGAUAAGGGUGUUACAGUACCCACUAUUUUAUAUCAACUAUCAAAUAUAAUAAUCAUUAUUUAUAUCUAUCCUCUAUGGUGCUCUAUAUGGUUUAUGUUUUAGACUAUAUUGUAGAAUAAGAAAUAUAAAACAUAUUGACAUGAUAAACGCCAGUAAAGUUGAUAAAUAUAUUAUUAUAAUUCAUAAUGACUAUAAAUUCGUCCUAUAUAAUUAUUAAGAUUACAUGUGUAUGAUUAAAUAAAACUAGUUUUAUAUUUUAAAA